AUGGCAAAGACGAGUCUAAGAAAAGCACAAGCGGAUAGACCAGGACACUAUGUCGGAGAAACUCUAAAUCAAGUUCGGCAUGGCCAAGGAAAAUAUGUAUUCAACAACACUUUCUUUGCCUAUGAGGGGGACUGGCUGGAAGGAGUGAAACAUGGAAAAGGCAAGCUGUCAAUGAGGGAUGGGGGAUAUUAUCAAGGAGACUUUGUAAAUGGAGAGAUAACGGGAAAAGGAGAGCGCUUGUGGUCAAAUGGGAAUGUUUACGUAGGAGAGUUUGAGAAUGGUGAACUGAACGGUAGUGGGCAGAUGAAGUACGCAGAUAGUAGGCGGUAUACCGGCCAGUGGUGUGACAACAAGUACGAGGGUAAGGGGACACUGCACAGCGGAGAGGGCGACAUUUAUACUGGACACUUUCAUCUUCACAAGCGACAUGGUGACGGCGAGCAGGUGUGGUCAGAUGGAAGGCGAUAUGAGGGCGGCUGGGUGGCCAGUAAACCACAUGGCCACGGUACGAUGAAGUACGCUGACGGUAGUGAGUAUGAAGGGCAGUAUUACCAUGGUCAGAGACAGGGGCAGGGAACUUACACUCAUAUUUCUGGAAUAUCAUACAGUGGUCUGUGGAUACAAAACGAAAUUCCUCCAGAAGAGUUCGCUUCUGGAAUGGCUUUUGUCGGUUCGACAGAAAUCGAAAUAUCUCAAGGCGAAUCCUUUUCCAUAGAAUUGGCAGUGUUGCAUCCUAGCGGAAACGUAAUGGAGGGAGACACCGGAAGAAUGUUGGAAGCUCAAGUCGGACUUCUUUCCGUCCCGAAAGGUGACAAGAGCUGUAAGAUUAAGAAUGAGGAUAUAGGUGGUACCACAUUUAAAACACCCUUUGGGGAAGUGAAAGAGACGAAUAUUGCUGAGGUCACCAGAAAUCCUCGGUUAGGAGAGUAUGAGGAAAUGUCAGAAAAGAAUGAAUCGCCUGAAACUGUGUCGGAUGAAAAGGACAGAGGGGCCAGCAGAGCCGGAUACGAUUACAUCACACUUCCAACUCCAGCACCGACCUCGCCGAUACAUCGCACACAUUGUGGGCAUGCUUCCUGGGUCAAUGUCUGUAUUCCAGCUAAUAGGCCUGAUGAUCCUCAAAAGGCUUUUCCAGGACACGAUAUGAUAGAACAGACAUUGGAGUCAGAGGAUGACGAGAGUGAUUUAGUGGAGGAAGCUAAACCGAAAGCGAAGAAAAAGGGGAAGAACAGUCCUGCGACCACCAGAAAAGAGCGUUCUGCUACUCCAGACUCUUCAUUCCAGGAUAGGGAGAAGUGGAAGAAAGAAGGACCCAGAGCAGAGAGGGACAAAGAUCUACUUAAAUAUGCAGCCCCUGGAACUUAUGUAAUAAAGAUCAGCGACGUUACAGACCCGAAAUUCUUUGAUAGCAAUCUCGAGCCUAUCUACAUGAAGUUGAAUAUUCUGAAGAUCAAGAAGUCGUCUAACAAGUACCUGCUCCCAAAGUCACCUGUUUCAAGCCGAAAAGCUGGAUAGAAACGGGAAGCUCAGAAUCUAAUAAACUGUUUGAAAAUUGAGUGUAUCAUUAUUUGAGCGAACAGUGAUAUUUAAGCGAACAGUGAAGAUGUCACAGUGAGAACUGAAACGAAUAUGUUGAAUUGUUUUUGUACAAAUAGCAAUGG